AUGGAUCAGUCGACCCCCACAGUUAAGGGAAAGAUGGAGGGUGGAGAAAUGGGGGGAGGAGAGAGAAAGAGGGGAAAGAGGAGAGAGAAGAAAAGAUUCAGUCAGGAACAAGUGAGGUCGCUGGAGAGCGCGUUUGAGAAAGAAGGAAGGUUAGAGGCGAAGAGGAAGGGUGAGCUUGCAAGGGAGCUUGGACUUAAUCCAAGACAGAUAGCCAUAUGGUUUCAGAACAGGAGAGCAAGGUGGAAGUCUAAGCAACUGGAGAGAGAUUAUGGGGUGCUCGGAGCUGAUUACCAGGCUCUGCUUUCGAGUUUUCAGUCUCUCAAGCAAGAGAAACGGACUCUCAUCAAGCAGGGCGUCUUUCUUUGAUGUACGGCAUGUGCAUUUAUGAGAUUCGUUGCACGUGCCAAACGUACUGACAUUAGGACUGGUAAUGCCGGUCCUGGCCUGGAAGCCAAAUAAAAUCGGUAAAAAAUGAAAGAAAAAAUAAAAGUAAAAGAAGACCGGGCCAUGUCGACCUUUUUCAGGAUUAGGUACGCCGUACCUUAGGGCUGUUGUUGCCCUGUCCUCGGACCACAUUCUCUAUCUAAAGCUCUAGUUUUUUAAGGCUAGGCAGCUUAGGCGGGCCAUUGCCACCCCUACAAUAGAUCUAGUUCUUCGCACUAUUUAUGGAGUUUAAAUUUCUUAUUCUCAAGUCACUAAAGUUUGCCAAUUAGUAUUUAGAUAACGGGAGUUCCGAUCUUUACGCCCAGUUCCAAGUUCGGUUAGGGGCGAGUUAGACCACGUCACUCAACUCAAAAAUGUGAAGUGCGGGCCUCCACGCUACCCUCCAUGGAGAGCAGCUUUUUUUCUUCCUCCUCCCUCCACACUUAUUUCUCUACUAUUAUCCUCUCUC